AAAAUGUUGAUUAUUCUAGGACUGUAAAAAGGUUUUCUGGUUCAAAUGCUAGUAAUAUGCCUCUAAAACACACUGAAUAAUUAUUUGAACCAUUGUUGUAUUUUGUUAUCCCAGUUUUUUAUUUGGAGGAUUUUAUCUUUCAUUGUUUUUCCAUCUGUGAAAAAUUGGAAAUGGAGUUGGAGUGAGUUAGUCAGGACUUGGGGAAUGGGGAGAAAUUGUCUGGAUUCUUGUUCUGGAUCCGAAUAUUAGUCACUGUGAUCUAUAGAAGUGUCAAGUAUCUGUCCUUGUUUGGCUGUUUUUUAUGUAAAUUUUUAAGAGUUUCAAGAUCUUUCUACAGUGUGGUGUUUGGAUAAUUUUAAAUGUAGGGUUAAGUAUUGUUUUAACGUGUAAGGAAACAUUAUAUUAUACGGAUUAGUUUCCGAUUGUAAUAUUAGGUUUUUCCUAACCUUAUUUCACUCAGUCAAGGACGAAGUCCUGUUUCAUCUUUUUGUUUGGAGUCUUAGUAAAAUUUAAACAAAUACGAAAUGGAAGCCACUGCUAAACAUGAUUUUAAUGCCACAGCUGAUGAUGAACUGAGCUUUAGGAAAGGACAAGUAUUGAAAAUAUUAAACAUGGAAGAUGACAUGAACUGGUACAGAGCUGAACUGGAUGGUAAAGAAGGUCUUAUUCCCAGCAACUACAUAGAAAUGAGAAAUCAUGAUUGGUACUACGGCAGGAUCACGAGAGCUGACGCUGAGAAGCUGCUGAUGAACAAACACGAAGGAGCUUUCCUAAUCAGAGUCAGUGAAAGCAGUCCUGGAGACUUCUCACUCUCAGUCAAAUGCAGUGAUGUGCAGCACUUCAAGGUCCUGAGGGACGCUCAAGGCAAGUUCUUCCUGUGGGUUGUUAAGUUCAACAGUCUCAACGAGCUAGUAGAGUACCAUAGAACAGCCUCCGUGAGCCGGUCACAGGAUGUCAAGCUGAGAGAUAUGGUGCCUGAGGAGUGUUUGGUGCAAGCGUUGUAUGAUUUCACACCACAAGAGCCAGGAGAGCUGGAAUUCCGUAGAGGAGACGUCAUCACCGUCACUGACAGGUCGGAUCAACACUGGUGGCAUGGAGAGAUCGGAGCCAGGAAGGGUUUGUUCCCAGCAACCUACGUCACGCCGUACCACUCCUAGGCUCAGAACAGCAAAUGUGCUUCCAUGUGCUGCAUUGUCAGUGAUGCCAACAGCGUAACAUACGUACUCCAGUACCGCCAACCCGAAAAGUUAAUCCACCUAAGUUAAGAUGUAACUAUUAUUUAUUCAGGAACGGUACUACUAAAUGUAUUAUUUGUUUUUGUUAUUCAUAGUUUAAUUUAACAUAUCUGUGCGUUAGAGUAACACAGCAAAAUUAAGUUAGAAAUCUUAUGUGAUUAUAGAUUUUUAAUAUUUCUGUGAGAAGAUUGUAGAAUCUGGUAACAGCUUGGAGCGAUUAGCUGAGGGUUGAGUUCAUUGUAGGUUAUAUAGGCUGAUAUAACCGUGAGACCUAAACUAACUUAACCAUUGGGUGGCCUCAGCAGAGGAAGGGCCAAUAAAUAAUGUAGUUUGAACAAGUUAAAAUUAGGAUUUGUACUCAAGAACAGCAUUUCAUCGGUUAUUAGAUGAUUGGGAAACAUGAUCAUCAUUAUCAACAAUAGCUAAGCAGUUCCGAGCUCUUAGGCCAGUAUUUUUCCCUAUAAAGGUUCACAUUGUGACAAGUCCUACAAAAUGGUCAGUGGAUUAAUCCGAAUUUUAAGUUACUUCACUUAACAACCAUUCGGUUUUUAUAAAAUGUUGUUAAUUUGUUUGACGGAUGCUAAAUGAGCUUAAGAAAGAUAUUUUUGUAUUUGAUGUAUAAAGUGAAAGAUCGCCUUUAUUUUUGUCCGGUUGGUAAAUCUGUUUUAUACACUCAAAGUGAUAGGGAUAGGCCUACAGCUGAUUAGCACAACACUGUCCCUUCUUCCGAUUGAGAAGGAAUCUUUAGAUUGUUUGCAUUUAUUUUGUAUUGUGUACAUUGUCGUAUUUAUCUCCUCGCAGCAUGGAUUAUCUGUAAUUUACAGUAGAUUAUUGUCUGUAUUUAAUAACUGACAUUAUAUUAUGAUCUAUAGUCUACGGUAGAUUAUAAUUGGUAAUCUAUAAUAGAGAUUUAUUUAUAUUCUACAAUCUACAUCUGUAAACAACGUAGUUAUAAGCAAUAACCCCUUUAUUCUACCUGUUACCCGAAACCUUGUUUUUGAAUUGUUUGCGAUUUAUUUCUGCGUUAUUGUUUUUUGGUUAUGUUUUAUUCUCUAGUGUUUUAUUUGAUCAAGUCGUGUCCUGUGUGCUGAUAAGUCUGAAAAUGAAACUUAAUUUUGACGGUAGAAUAGUGACUUGAGUUCAACAUCACCACUGCUCAGAGGUUCAUUGUUAUGAAACCUGGUCCUGGUAGUAAUACUGUAAUGGUUUACACAAAAAUCCUGCACAAAUAUUCAUAUUUCUUAUGGUUUAAUUUAUCAAAACACUAUUUAUAAUUUUUACUAUACUAGUUUAUCAUUAAGUAAACAACUUUUUUCUUCUAUAUUUUAAUCAACUUGCAAAAAAACAGUGCUUCCAAUUUAAUAUUCUCACUAUCUUUUAUUAAAUUGUUCAUACAUUUCCUUGUUUGUGGAAUUUAAAAACUACUACUACCAAGUGAGAAAGAUGAUGCCUUGUUUCAUUAUUCAUAUUGGCAUUAAGGAAAGUGCCAUUUUGAAUACGUUUUUAAAUAAUAAAAAAAUGCUCUGUCGUUUUGUCAAUGUUAAAUACAAGUUGUAUUAUAAAAGUUUACAAUAGAAUCUCACACUUGCGCUUUUAUUUUUACAAAUCGAAGCAGAAAAGAAAGCAUAACCUACUCAUCUAGUUAGAUAUAAAAUGUAUUAUUGAGAACAGUUCAAAGCAUAUUGAAUAAGGAACUCGCAUACUUAAACAUUCUUUUAAAGUAUCAAUGGUUUUGUUUUUUGACUUUUUUAAAACUGUAAACGGCAGAGCAAAUAUUUUCAGCUAAUUUAAAUAUUACCUUGCUACUGUAAGACAGAUUUGAUCAGGUGCUCGAGCAAGUAAUCUGUUUAGUUUAAGUCUGAUUGGUUCGGCCCAUACGUUGUAUCAGUUAGUUUAAAGCAGUAACACCACUGUAUAUAGCUUGUCUGAUGUAAAUUAGGGUGAAUCCUACAGUGUAAAAAGUAUGAUUUAUAAUGUAAAUAUUUCCAGUGUACGCUUUUUAUAGAUGCAACAGACUUGUAUGUGACGUAUUUGCAAUUUGUCGACUCGAGGCUAGGACGUAAAUUUUACACAACUUUAAAAUAGUGCUGUAUCAACUGUUAUUCGAUGACAUGGUAUCAAAUUUUUGUUAUUCUGUGCUACGUAUCUUAACUAAUAUUUCAGUUUUAAUUUUUCUCAAGCAAAAUCAGAGUGUUGGUGUAAAUUUUAGUGGGAAAGUUAAUUUAUAUAUUUUUUUUAUCAGUUACUCCGUUCCUACAAUUGUAAAAUUGUAUUAUUAGUUUUCCUUGUGUGGUUUAGCCUAAUCAAGAUUGGCGCUAAAGGAAGGAGAUAUAACAAUGAAUAACUUCACUAGUAAAGUUUUUUAUGUAGAUCUACUUAAUCAAAGUGACUGAUAAUAAAUAUUGAUCAAAUGAAAAGAUAUACAUUCAACUUAAAAUCUGCUACAGAAAGUGUUUAAAUUGUUUUCUUUUACGUUUUCUUGUGAAUCGCCAUAAAUAACUGUUGUCUCGGUGAGUUUGGUUUUUGCCACAGAAGUGUUUAUUUUGACUGGUUCAGUACCAUAACUUGCUACUAUCUUUCAUAUCUUCAUCAUAUCAGAGCCUAUGAGGUGGUGACCUUUGAGAGAUGAUCACAAUCUCUUUACUUAGUUUGAAUUAUUAUAAUGCGUUGUUUUUUCUCUCGUAUUGGCCCAACCUAUUUUAGUAUCCCUGGUUAUCAGUUUUUCUAACAGAGACAUUAGACUAUAGGAUCUGUGCUGUUUGUGAAUGUUUAAGCAAUACCAAUGGUAAAAUAUAAUGUAAGUGAUGUAGUGAUCAUCUCACAACACCACCACGACCAACCUAACAUUGUACAUACAGGCAUGUGGUUUAUAUACUGGUCAUCAUCAAUUAUAUAUAUACAAGUA